AUGGACACACACAUGCUCUCUUGUGAGCAUCUUACUUCUGCGGUUGAUGGAGAUGAUGAUUCUUUGAACAUAUUCACUUCAUAUAAAACGCAGGGUGGACAUGGAAGCAUAAAGGCUAGUCCUAGACUUGAAGUUGCAGCAGCUUCUUCAUUGGGUCGCCAAAGGCACGCGUUGCCUCUACUUUGGUUGAUUAAAGAAGCAAUUGACUCAAGAUUGAGCUUUUUGCAGAAGCAUGCCAAGGCACAACGUGUGGGCCUGAGAUUGUGCUUAAGUUGCUUGGAUUGCAUGUCACUCACAACUUCACUUGGUUGGUUGUUGUGGCCACCCAAGCUUAGUGACAUAGCAAAGGAAGAGCGUGUGGGACUAAUGAUGUUGAGUGGGAAUUAUGACAUUGUUUCAACAGGAAGAAACGUAGCUCCAAAAAGAAAAUUUAGGGUUUCGUGCGUUUCUGAAAAGCUUAUGUUGGGUGGUGCACUUUCAACCCCAACAACUCAAAGCCUCAAAGCAGCAAGAACAAUUGCAAUGCUCUAUCCAACUCAUAGAUUAUUGUCUCUUAAGAACCCAGUGGCAAAUACCAGAGGAUUUUCGUCAAAAGAGAGUAUUUUUAUCAGGGGUCACCAAAUCAAUAUAAAACAAUUUUUUGGGCUUAUCUCGGGUCGUGCUCCACGAAACAAAGCAGGAUUUGUUGUUUCCCCAAGGUGUGGCCUGCCACUGACACAAGAGAAUGUGGAGAAGGUUUUGGAUGAGGUGAGGCCUGGCUUGAUGGCUGAUGGAGGGAAUGUGGCAUUACAUGAGAUAGAUGGUCUUGUUGUUGUCCUCAAGCUACAAGGGGCAUGUGGAUCAUGUCCUAGCUCAACUAUGACAUUGAAAAUGGGAAUAGAAACUCGCCUCAGGGAUAAGAUUCCAGAAAUCAUGGAAGUGGAGCAGAUAAUGGACACUGAGACCGGUCUCGAGUUAACUGAAGAAAAUGUAGAAAAAGUUCUUUCUGAAAUUAGACCAUACCUAGUUGGCACUGGGGGAGGAAUAUUAGAGCUUGUUCAGAUAAAAGAUUAUGCUGUCAAAGUUCGGUUAAGUGGACCUGCAGCUGGGGUUAUGACAGUUCGUGUUGCAUUAACACAGAAGCUGAGAGACAAGAUACCUUAUAUUGCAACUGUGCAACUAAUAGACUAA